AUCCACCCUCGUCAACUCUCCUCACCCCUCCAAUUUUUAUAUUGGCCAAGGCUGAGAAUAGAACUGGAGUCAGGUUCCGGCACAGAGAGAGAGGAAAGCUGUGUAGAAGGCAGCUAGAUAGAGUAGAUUAAAAACAGGGAAGGGGCCAAUAAAACCAGUAUCUUACAUGCCAAGGGGAAACGCAGGGGGCAGGCAUUAUAAGGGAGGUGCCUGGAAGCAUUCCUGCCUUCUGCCUUCUGAGAGAGCCUUUGUGCCAGCAGCUUUUAUCUCAAACCCAUUCGCCCCCUCCCAGCAAGAUGAUCAAUGAUGAAUACCUGAUUGAGUACAAAAUGGAUCCAGAAGACGCUCAUGGGCGGGAGCCAGGAGAUACUGCCCCCCUGCAAUCCACUAUCAACAUCCCACCUAACGUGGACUCCCGGGAUCCACGAGGGAUCAACCAACACCUCAAGUUCGAAUUCUCCGACAUCCUUGCCGAGCCUUCCUCGUUCCGCAGCUUUGACCGGGUUUGGACCUGGAGCGACAUUGUCUUUGAGAGCUCCCGCCUCUGGUGCUAUCGUAUCAUCUCACUACUGUGUGCUGUGCCUGUCUCCUUGCUUUCAGGUUUCCUCUUUGCCUGCUUGGGCUGCGUUCACAUCUGGUGUGUAAUGCCCUGUAUCCAGCUGUGCACGAUGGCAAUGCCUCCUAUUCGCACGUUGUGGGCUAGCAUCCUGGAUGUUGUGGUGGCCCCGCUCUGUACCAGUUUGGGACGCUGUUGCAGUGCCAUCUACCUCACCGUGACUCAGAAGUGACAGAUGGACAGAAGGUCCUCUCCCCUGAAGCCUCAGUAACAAAGACUCUGUUUCUUCCUGUUUCAUUAAGACCUAUGUUGAUGACCAUGUAUGAUUCCAUGAAAAGAAGCCUUUUCACAUUAGGCUGAAAAAGUGGAACUGAACAUGAGGGAAGUGGCCAGGCGGAAGGAAAACGGGGGAGACU